AUGCAAAUUUCUGCCUUACGAACACGUUCGGGGAUUAUUUUAGCCUGCUUUAUUUUCAACUUUAAUAAUGCAUUCGCUGCCCUUAAAGAAGAAUAUGAAGGCAGUCUAAGGAAAACUUCUUUAGCACACCUGGAGAAAAGUUCCGAAGUUCCGUCCGUCUUAACCGCUUCAGAGAUAAAUGUUGCGCGUCUUGAAAGGAGUGAGCCUGCCGAACAUGUCAACGAAGAGCAUAAGAUUCAUCGUUAUCACGUUGCCACAAUUGACUUUCUCCACGUCUCCACUCCUUAUAUUAUAGCCUUAUGGAUAUUCGUUGCAGGUUUAGCAAAAAUUGGUUUUCAUGUUAUUCCCAAGAUUAGGCUUAUCUGUCCAGAAAGUUGUGUACUAAUUGUUGUUGGUGUGCUCAUUGGUCUACUGCUUUUUUACACCGGUCUGGGGGGAGUGGGACCUCUGACACCAAAAGUAUUUUUCCUCUACUUGUUACCUCCUAUCAUCCUGGAUGCCGGCUACUUCAUGCCUAAUCGCCUCUUCUUUGAUAACAUGGUAUCAAUUUUGAUGUAUGCUGUAGUUGGCACAAUCUGGAACACCUUGACCAUUGGUUUUUCACUGUGGGGCAUUGGACUGACUGGUCUUUAUGGAGUGAACAUGCCGCUACUGGAUAUCCUGUUAUUCAGCUCUAUUGUCUCUGCUGUUGACCCCGUGGCCGUGCUAGCUGUUUUCGAAGAGAUUCACGUGAAUGAAAUGUUGUAUAUCUUGGUGUUCGGAGAGUCCUUACUGAACGAUGCUGUCACAGUGGUACUAUAUCACAUGUUUGAUGGAUAUACAGAAAUUGGCCAGGACAACAUUCUACCCAUUGAUUACCUGGCUGGCGUGUUGUCCUUUUUCGUUGCCUCACUAGGCGGAGUCUUUUUCGGUGUUUUGUGGGGAAUCCUAGCGGCAUUUAUAUCGCGGUUAACUCAUCACGUGUUGAUAAUCGAGCCUAUAUUUGUAUUCGUGUUUGGAUACCUAUCUUACCUGACUUGUGAGAUGUUUCAUUUGUCGGGGAUCGUUGCCCUUACAUUUUGUGGCAUGACAAUGAAAAAUUAUGUAGAGGAAAACAUUUCCUACAAAUCACAUAUCACCUUGAAAUACGCCAUGAAGAUGUUAGCCAGUAUAUCAGAAUCUAUCAUUUUCAUGUUCCUCGGAGUUUCAACAGUGAAUGACGAACACGAAUGGAACACGUGGUUUGUUGUCAUGACUAUUGUAUUUUGUUCAAUAUUCCGCUCGAUUGGUGUGGUGAUCCAGACUUGGAUUUUGAACUACUUCCGAUUACACAAGGUGAAUCGCGUGGAACAAUUUAUUAUGGCUUAUGGAGGUCUUCGUGGUGCUGUUGCAUUCGCUCUAGUUCUUGUUGUCUCGCCAAAAAUUAUUCCCGCCAAAAAAAUGAUGGUUACAACAAUUAUUGCUGUCGUGUAUUUUACAGUCUGCCUCCAGGGCAUAACCAUCGGACCACUAGUGAGGUUCUUAAACGUUCCAAAAAGCAAAAAAACCAAACCUUCCAUGAACGAAAGGUUACAUACUAGAUUAAUAGAUCAUUUGAUGACGGGAAUUGAAAACAUCAUUGGUCACUCUUUAGGGAAUUAUCAUCUACGUGACAAGUUUAGGUAUUACAACAACAGGUUUAUUCGGCCACAUCUUCUACGUGACCAUCCUAUCGGAGAACCAAAGAUCUUUGAAACAUAUUCAAAACUAAACCUGGUAGAUGCAAUGAACUUCGCGAAAGAAAAAUCCAGGUUAACAGACCGCAACCAGAAUAUAUCACUGUCAGCUUUGAUUAGAUGGUAUACCCAGAAGAAUUUUGGAAAGUACCCUGAUGAAUCUAUUCCAAGUUCGGGCACUUUCUUAUAUCCUAACGAAUCAAAUAUCUUGAAUUUGGACGUAGGUGAAUUCGACUAUUCCCCAAGUUAUAAGGACAUAACUGAUGCUGAACUUCACCAUAUUCUGUCCGACUCCACAUACAAACCCACCCAAAAGAUUCGGCUGUACAGUCGUGAUAUAAUCAACGAAGCUCCCGUACAUCCUCCUUUUCGUCAUAGGGCUCAUAUGAAAAUCCGUCACAUGAGGAAAGGACACCGUCUAAACCUGAAGAAAAAUGUCAAAAUCCGUAGCGGAAAACUUAAGAUAAAUGAUUUGAAAAUAAAUUCUGCACCAGUCUCACCUUAUUUACCUCGUACAUCAACUGAAACAUUACCAUGGAAACGCGAAGAGGACUGUGGUAUUGAAAGAUGCGUCCGAAAACAGCAGGAGUUUCCUUUAUGGGUAGAAAAUAAAGAAUACAAUGUUUAUACCUCGUUGACCAGCAAUUUUUUGAAUAAUUUAAGUUCGGAUGAUCAUGCUAAUCCAUCAGACGUAUUCCAGUUAUUUGAGCUCAAUCACCCAGUAGAAGAAGAGGCGAACAACCUGGAAAAUAAAACUAAAAAUCGGUAGUCUUGACCCGGAGAAUAUAGGCUUAGAGACUGUAGCCGAUGACAGAAAUGUUCUCAAUCAGGUUGUAUCUUUGGAAUUGGAAGAGCCUCGUUUUGAAUUCAAAAACCAAAACCUGAAAUCUCUUCCAAACAAAA